AUGGAUAGGCGGCUCCUCGAAGCGGCCGUAUCUGGUGAUGCCACAGAAAUCAUCAAGCAGCUCGCCAUUGAUGACCCGGGCGUCCUGCUUGGAACGACGCCACAGGGGAACACCUGCCUCCACAUCGCCUCCAUCCAUGGCCACGAGGGAUUCUGCAAGGACCUCCUAGGCCUAGCGCUGAACCAAUCAGCUGUUUCUCUGCUCGCCGCCAUCAACAAGGACGGGGAGACGCCGCUGCUCACCGCCGUGACGAGGGGCCGUGACACUUUAGCUUCAGUCCUCCUCAGGCACUGCCGUGAUCGGCAGCUGAGCGGCGAGACGAUCCUGAAGCAAGACAAAAGCGGGUGCAACGCGCUGCACCAUGCCAUCCGCAGAGGGUACAGGGCGCUGGCGCUCGAGCUGAUUGAAGCAGAGCCUGCCCUGUCGAAAGCUGUGAACAAAUGUUGUGAGUCACCCAUGUACACCACGGUGAUGAGAGGCUAUGGUGAUGUCUUGGAGAAGCUGUUGGAGAUUCCUGAUGCGGCUCAUGGGGGAGCCCAUGGGUGCAACGCUCUGCAUGCUGCCGUGACAAGUGGUAAUGCAGCCAUGGCCAAAAGGAUUAUGGUGGCACGUCCAGGGUUAGUCAGACAAGAAAAUGAAGAUAAGCGUACACCAAUGCACCUGGCCGCAAUUGAGAACAAGAUUGACGUGCUUACAGUCCUGUUGGAACAGGAUCAGUCUUUGGGUUAUUUCAUCUCCACAGCCACAGAUGCUGCUCCUCUUCUUUGUAUCGCAGCAUCUCAGGGCAAUGUUGGUGUUGCUCGAGAGCUUCUUAGACACUGUCCUGAUCCUCCCUGCUGCGACGCAACGGGUUCGACAUGUCUUCACGUAGCCGUAUCAUUUGGUCAGGCGGAUUUUGUGAGGUUUGUAGUGAGGUCUCCCCAACUUGAGCAUCUUGUUAACUUGCCCGAUAACAAAGGAGAAACUGCUCUGCAACUCGCAGCCAGAAUCAAUGACACUAACAUGGUCGCUGUUUUACGGUUCCACCUUAAUUCAAGUAUCAACGCAGAGCCUUUCACAUCGGUGAUGCCGGACCGACUCCUGGAAGCAGCAGUAUGUGGUCAUGUCGCAGAAAUGAGGCACCUGUAUCUGAAUGUUCCGGGCGUGCUCGUUGGAACCACUCCUCAGGGGAACACAUGCCUCCACAUCGCUGCCAUCCAUGGCCAUGAGGUGUUCUGCAAGGAGGCCCAGGCUCUGAAGCCGUCACUCCUCGCAGCCGUCAACUCGGAUGGCGAGACCCCUCUGCUCGCCGCCGUGGCCAGCGGCCGUGUCUCUGUAGCUUCUGCUUUGCUCAGGUGCUGCCGUGAUCAGCAGCUGAGCGGGAGGAUCCUGAAGCAAGAUAAGACUGGAAGCAACGUGCUGCACCACGCCAUACGCAGCGGACACAGGGAGCUGGCGCUAGAGCUGAUAGAAGCAGAGCCCGCCCUGUCGCAUGCUGUGAACCAGUACGGCGAGUCACCCAUGUUCAUCGCAGUGAUGCGAAACUGUGAGGACGUCGUUGACAAACUCUUGCAGAUUCCAGAUUCUGCUCAUGGGGGAGCCUACGGGUGCAAUGCUCUGCAUGCUGCAGUGAAAAACGGAAAUUCAGCCGUUGUUAAAAAGAUUGUGGAGGCACGUCCUGGGUUGGCCAGAGAAGAAGACAAGAGUGUUUGCACUCCAAUGAUGCUGGCUGUACUUUGGGGCAAGAUUGACGUGGUAAGCGUAUUGUUGGAACACGAUCGGUCUUUAGGGUACCUCGUCUGCACAGCAGGUAACCCUCUUCUUGUCUGUGCUGCAUUUCGUGGCCAUGUUGGUGUUGCUCGGGAGCUUGUUAAACACUGUCCAGAUGCUCCCUACUGCAAACCGAAUGGCUGGACAUGUCUGCACGAAGCUGUAGUUCAACAGCAUCAGGACUUCGUGAAUUUUGUCCUGGACUCGCCGCAGCUUCACAAACUCAUUAACAUGCGCGCGCGAAAUCUGGACGGGAGUACUGCUCUCCAUCUCGCAGUCCAAAAGUGCAAUCCCAGUAUGGUCGCUGCUCUAUUGCUUCAUAAAGACAUAGACGUCACAGUGCAUAACAACAGUGGUGACCCAGCAAUCUGGAAAUUAUCUCAAGCCACCGACCAUGCCAAGACUUUAAACUGGAAUGAAGUGUUCAUGCGUAUGCUGAAUGCUGAUCCUCAAGAUGCUCUUUCUAGUUUUAAUCUCCAAAAGGAAGUCAAAGAUAAAGUGACCGACUUAUCAAGGAAGGAUAUCAAGUCACUGACUCAAACAUACACAGGAAACACUUCCCUAGUGGCGAUCCUCAUCUCCACAAUAACCUUUGCUGCUGCUUUCACAUUGCCUGGAGGAUAUAGCACUGAUUCCGGAAACGAGGGGCUUCCCAUCAUGUCAAGGAAGUUCGCAUUUAAGGCAUUCUUGAUCUCAGACGCCUUGGCAAUGUGCUCCUCACUUGCUGUUGCCUUCAUAUGUGUCAUUGCAAAGUGGGAGGAUCUUGAGUUCUUGCUUUACUACAGGUCUUUUACAAAGAAGCUAAUGUGGUUUGCAUACAUUGCAACCACCACAGCCUUUGCAACCGGUUUAUUCACUGUUGUAGCUCCUCGUCUCCUCUGGGUCGCUAUUGUGGUUUGCGUUCUAACAUCUUUAUUGCCCAUUCUUACUAAGCUUAUUGGUGAAUGGCCCAUCUUGAAAUUGAGAAUUCGACUGGGUCGUAGUUUCAAGUCUGAGCUACUUGAUAUGGUCUAG